GUGUCCUUCUCAGUGUUGGCUCUUGUGCCACGAAAACCAGAUUUCAAAGGAUAGUGCUGCUGAAAACACAAAACCUCUUGGGAUUAGCUUCCUAGCUCCCUGUGAUAGCCAUCAGCUUGAUUUCUGCCGCUACUAAUAUCCGCCACGAAAAACUGAUCAAAUUUGGAUUCCGUCGCACGAAAAAGUUUUUUUCUGUAUUCGAUCUUCCAGAGCCGUCCAAACGACCUCGCCGAUACUUGUGGAGCAAUUUGGUGCUGACCCCUAAAACAGGUCCCAAGCCUGUACUGCUCUCGCACGAGAUGGGGCAAUUGUUCGCUCAACGUAGUUUGAUACGGCUAUGGCGUUUCCUGGUGUGCUUUAUUUUGAAUGUGCUAUUUUUUCCCCCAUUGGCAGCUUCCAACUGGAUAGACCCAGAUACGCCCUUGGAAGCACGAACGACGCAACCACUCGACGUAAAAAUCCCUUAUACACCCAAACCACCAAAAAAACCUUCCCCUGCAACUCGGCGGAAAAAGACGGUGUCUCCUGCGCCUACAUCGACGCCAUCUCCUUCGCUUUCUCCUACGCCCGCUCCGACGGAAUUCCCAACCUUUACGCCACGGACCUUUGAACUAGUCUUUUCGGACGAGUUCAAUACCGCGCAUCGCACCUUCGAAGAUGGUUCCGAUCCUCGAUGGACUGCAAUGAACAAAAACGACUAUACAAACGACGCCUUACACUACUACAGUCCUGACAAUGUCCGCGUGAACGAAGAGGGCGAACUAGUGAUUCACACCGAAGCCGCCGAUACAGAUGUCGUUGGCUUUGACGACGUAAAUCGAAAAAGAACGCACGUCACUAAACACUUUCGAUCCGCUAUGCUUCAAUCGUGGAAUAAGUUCUGCUUUACAGGUGGUAUCAUUGAAGCCGAAGUCAUUCUGCCAGGUCAAUCAAACGUUGGUGGUUUGUGGCCUGCCUUUUGGCUACUGGGCAAUCUGGCACGACAUACUUAUGUCGGCAGCUCUCAACAUAUUUGGCCUUGGAGCUCAGUUAACUGUACACAAAAGUCCGGCUAUGCACAGGCUAUUUCCGGCUGCGACCGAGUGGCGCAUUACGGACUUGCAACUCAACUCGGUCGCGGUGCUCCCGAAAUGGACAUCUUCGAAGUGCAGCCCGGAAAUUUACACGCAAAUCAGGGCACCUUCUUGAAGAUGCCAGUGGGACAACCGUUCAUGAGUUCGUCAUUUCAAGUGGCACCGGGCCGUGCGAGCAAUCGUCCCGGACCGGGUGAAUGGCCGGGGCCGGGUCAAUGGUAUGAAGGACUUAUGGGUGGUCGGAAUACGUCACUGAACAUCUUAUUCUACGGAAAUUACAAUUCAUUUCUGAAUGAUGUCAAUCCAGCUCGCCAGGACUAUUGGAGCGAUGCGAUAAGUUACAAUCGACAAUUGAAUGCGGAUCAUUUCCAAAAGCCGCACCGGUAUAGAAUGGAGUGGGAUGUGCCCACAGAGUCCAGUGAUGGUUAUCUGAAUUGGUUUUUGGACGACGAGCUUGUGUUGGCGAUAGACGGGACUGGUAUCAAGAAAGCGGGUUUAGGUUCCGAAAUCUCAUCGGAGCCUAGCUACAUAAUUCUGAAUACGGCAGUUUCGAAGCAAUGGGGAUUUCCGGAGCAAUGCCCAGCUACUUGUCCAUGCGAUGUAUUCGAUUGCCAUUCAACCGAAUGGUCUGAGCUGUGUGGGUUUUCAGAAGGAUUUUGCGAUAUGCUGCUCAAAAACAAGGCACCAGAGUACAAGGUGAACUGGAUUCGAGUGUAUCAGGAUCCAAAUCGCCCCGAACAAAAAGUGGGAUGCUCAACCCCUGAACGUCCUACGCGGCGGUGGAUUGAUGCACAUGCGGACAUGUAUAAGACGGAGGAAGACUCGCAGCCACUGAAGGGAAUUGCAACGGGACUUGGCUCAUGCAAUCCAAUGGACGACAGUGAGCGGCCGGAGGCUUGUGGUGGUUCUCAGCGAGGGCGGUGUACACAAGGACGUGUGUGCGAAUGCGUGUCCGGGUGGACCGGUCCUCACUGUUUGUCGCGAAGAGGUUUUGAUUCUGUGUUGUACGAUCAACCAGACAAGAUCAAGGACGUCGGCUUUGUUCCUCCCAAAAUUGCUCCACGUGUACUCAUCGUUGGUUUGGCUACCUUGACAGUUUGUGUACUAGCGGCGAUGCAAUGGAAACAACGAUUCGAUGGUUGGCAGCCUAUUCCAGAAAUUGAAUGGAAAAAGUACGAAGAAAGAAGGAUUACGAAUGGACGAUACCGACUGUUCCAACACAGUCGCAGCGCUUGAGAGGGAACCCUUUUGCGGAGACGAAUGCUUUUUGAAAAACAAAACGUUGUUAAUCCAAACACGCUAGCUUACAUUUCUGAUACAUCGCUU